GAAAACUGAUUCCGGAAGAAGGUGAAUGUACAGCAAAGGUGAAGCAAAUCAUUUGGGAAGCUAAGCUAAGAAUGUUGAUGCCUUGUGAGAUGUUAUUUCUUGUGUGAAACACUGGUAUAUGAGUACUGUGAGUUUCACCUAAACUUAAUGGACCCCUUUCAGGAGCCAUUGUUAAAGAAAAGAUUCAUGUUUGUUGUUCAUCUGGUGGAUUAUAUUGGCCCUGCAAUAUAAUGUAAACGUUAAAUGGUAUCCACAUCCACUAACUGCAUAGAGUGCAUUUUCAAAGAACUUGUGAAUAGGUUUGUUAUACUGAACAAGAGAAAACAUGAGCUCCUCUGUAAAGUGCAAGUUUCGUAAAGAGGAAGUGAACAAAACUCUAUGGGAAAUUCCACUGAGAUAUGCCAGUCUGUGUCUUGUGGGAAGUGGAGCCUAUGGAUCUGUGUGUUCUGCCAUUGAUUUGAAAACUGGAGAAAAGGUCGCCAUAAAGAAGUUGAGUCGGCCUUUCCAGUCAGAAAUAUUUGCCAAGAGAGCUUUCAGGGAGCUCACACUUCUCAAACAUAUGAACCAUGAAAAUGUUAUUGGACUCCUGGAUGUUUUUACAUCAGCCACAUCGUUUAAUGACUUCCAUAACUUCUAUCUAGUGAUGCCAUACAUGCAGAUUGAUUUACAGAAAAUAAUGGGACACCACCUAUCUGAAGAUAAGGUUCAGUACUUGGUUUAUCAGAUGCUGUGUGGUCUCAAGUACAUUCACGCAGCAGGGAUCAUUCAUAGGGAUUUGAAACCUGGAAACCUGGCUGUUAAUGAAGACUGUGAGUUAAAGAUAUUAGACUUUGGACUGGCACGGCAUGCAGAUGCAGAGAUGACUGGCUAUGUAGUGACACGCUGGUACAGGGCCCCGGAGGUCAUUCUCAACUGGAUGCAUUAUAAUAAAACAGUGGAUAUUUGGUCAGUUGGUUGUAUCAUGGGAGAAAUGCUGACUGGGAAAACCCUCUUCAAAGGAAAAGACUAUUUGGACCAACUUACACAAAUCCUGAAAGUAACUGGAGUACCAGGGCCAGAGUUUAUUCAGAAGCUGGAAGAUAUGGCAGCUAAAAAAUACAUUCAGUCACUACCAAAAAUACCAAAGAAGGAAUUUUCCUUGUUGUUUCCAAAUGCAAGUGAUUUAGCUGUAGACCUCUUGGAAAAAAUGUUGGAGUUGGAUGUGGAAAAGCGACUAACAGCCACAGAAGCACUUGAACACCCAUAUUUUGAUGAAUUUCAUGAUGCUGAUGAAGAAACUGAGGCCCCACCUUAUGACGAUUCCCUGGAGGGAGAAAAACUAUCUGUGGAGGAGUGGAGAAGUAAGGAGUAUACAUAUGAGGAAGUCAUUAACUACACACCCAUCCUGAGAAAAGACUCCAAGCGCAAAAGUGGAAUGUCAAUAAAAGAUGAAUUUGAAGGAACCUGUCCAUUGCCGUAAUGAAAUCAAAAGUUACAAAUUCACGUUGACACUGCAGUGACUUCGCAGUCAUCAUCAUAAGUUAUGCUGGAGACAAAAAAAUUAGCAAACAAUGGUAAUAAGGACAUGCUUCGGAGAACAUGCAAGCUAAAGGAAUUUUAGCAAGGCUUGCUAAACAAACCAGCAAAAAAAAUAGGAAAACUGUCAUAAACAUAUUGUAUUGGCUACAUGAUUCAUUUAAAAAUAAUUCUUUCAUUUCUGUUUAGAGUAUAGAUAUCCACCAAUAUCCACUAAAAGUUUAUAAUGAUGCUAAGAAAUUAAAUACUCAAGAAAGUA